AAACCAGCCUUAUCGUCAACUCACUACUACAAAUCCUUUAGUUUUUGGACGCUACUGGUUCGAUGUUGUGUAUGGGGUGUCCACGUAAAAAUAAAUUCCCGCUUAUUUUCGACGCUUUUAUGUGUCGAAUUAGCUAUUGACAAGAAAAAGCGUCGACAAAUAUGUAUGAUUUACACGUGACUCAAGGCAACCCAGGGAAAAUAAAAAAAAUAAUAAAAAAAAAGAAAUAUCAAACACCGGCUUAUACCCACGAAUAUACCCAAAUUCUUCUCUCUCUCUCUAACUCUUACAUCACAACACCUUAACACAAACUCCUUCGUCACUGAAAUCCUCGAAAUCCUCUUCUUCGAUCUCUCAAUUUCUGGAUUUUCUCUCCUCUUCUCAAUCAUGGUGCUCGAGGCGACUAUAAUCUGCAUCGUCAAUUCGGAGUGGAUGCGUAAUGGUGAUUACUCGCCCACCAGAUUUCAAGCUCUUUCUUAUGCUGUUAAUGUCAUUUGCGGCGCUAAAACUCAGUUUAAUUCGGAGAACACUGUUGGAAUUCUGACUAUGGAUGGAAAAGGUGUUCGUGUUUUGGUCACUCCCACCAGUGAUCUUGGAAAGAUAUUGGCUUGUAUGCACGCCUGUGAAAAAGUUGGGAUUCUAAAGGGUGUUAAUGUUGUUGCUAGAAGGGUUUGUAGUAUUGAAUCUGGAAAUUCUAAUUGGAUUAAUGAACAGGGAGUUAGUAGUAGUGGUAGUAGUGUAGGUGGGAGGCUUAUGAAAAAUUUAGGUGGCGGGGUUAGAUCGAAUGGGGUGAGGUUUAAGGAAUUCAGUUCUAGGGGAGUGGAUAAUGAUGGUGCCUACAUUUUUUUGGUGGCAAUGGAGAAGAAAGCGGUGUUCAUUGAGCUGAAUUCAGGCAGUAGUAAGCAUGAUCGAGAGGUCGAUGCGAAACGUGGGUUGUUCGUGGUUUUGAAGGAAAUGUCGUGUAUGGAUGGUGUGAAGAGUAUGGCUUGGCUUGAUGAUUCAUUGAUUUUAGGGACUGAUAAUGUGUUGAUGUUUAAAGGUUUUGAUGAUGAGGAACUUGAGUUACAACAAACUCAUCUCAUAAAGACUUUUCAAGUGUUUGUGCAGCCUAGGUGAAAUUGAUCUUGGAGAUGGAAGAAGUAACUAAAGCUGAGAAGACUUGAAGGAGUUCUUUAUCAAGAAAGUUAUUCAAUAUAAAAGAUGAGUUCCCUAACAGGAACUGAGUUCCCUCACAGGAACUUGAAAAUUGCUGACUAGGAUCUUUGGAGGAACUUAGUAAGCGUGAAGUCCAAGUAAACGUGCCAGAACAAGAAUACAACGCAACAAUGUUUUAGUUAAGAUUUUAUCUUCUAGAUUCAUUGUUAAAUAUGUUAAGUAGGAUAUACAUGAAACUUAUUAGAAGCGUGACAGUUAGCUUGGUAAAUAAAUUAA